AGUUGAGCAGCAAACAGCAGCCAGGAGGAAGAAGAGCACUAAGACAAAGACCCGCUGCUUUCACAUCUCCAUCCUCCUCCAACAGGCUGGAAAACCUCAAAGUCUGCGUCUUGGGGGAGUGUUUGUUGCUUCUUCUUCAGUCUGUCAAAAUCACCGUCUUUUCCUCCCUUCUCCUGCAUCAUGCUGCGCCCAGCUGCCAUCCCCUGUCUCUUGUCCACCUUGCUGUGCAUGUUGGCGCUGUGCAGCGCCCAGUCAGAAUCCAGCCCCCCUGUAAUCCAGCUACGUCUAGCCGGGGAGAAGCGGAAACACUACGAGGGCCGGGUGGAAGUUUUCUACAAUGGAGAGUGGGGGACGGUUUGCGAUGAUGACUUCUCCAUCUCCGCUGCACAAGUGGUGUGCAGAGAGCUCGGCUUCAUUAAUGCCGAGACCUGGUCGCCCUCGGCCAAGUAUGGAAGAGGAGAAGGCCGUAUCUGGUUAGACAAUUUGCACUGCAAUGGUGGAGAGAAGAGCCUGGCUCAGUGUCACUCCAAUGGCUUUGGAGUGUCGGACUGCAAACAUUCAGAAGAUGUCGGAGUGGUUUGCUCCCAGAAGCGCAUUCCAGGCUUCAAGUUCAUCCGGAACCAGGCCAGCAACGACGAGGGUUCGACGGUGCAGGUGGAGGAUGUGAGGCUCAGGGCCACUUACUCUCACAGGAAAAGGAUUCCCAUCACUGAGGGCUUUUUGGAGGUGAAAGACGGAGGCAAGUGGAGACAGAUCUGUGACGAGGAGUGGACGGAGAAGAACAGCAGGGUCAUCUGUGGCAUGUACGGCUUCCCCGGGGACAAGCGCUUCAAUAGCAGACCCUACAAAUUGCUGGCCAAGCGUCGUAAGAAGAACUACUGGGGUUUCUCUGUCAACUGCACAGGCAACGAGGCCGACCUGACCGACUGUAAGAUGGGUGGAGAGAUACAGCUGAAGGGCAACAGCACCUGUGAGAAAGGCAUGCCUGUAGUGGUCAGCUGUGUACCUGGACGUGCCUUUGCUCCCAGCGUCAGUGCCGGCUACAGGAAGGCCUACAGGGUGGAGCAACCCUUGGUGCGUCUAAGAGGCGGAGCUAAUAUUGGCGAGGGGCGAGUGGAGGUGUUGAAGAACGGGGAGUGGGGGACGGUGUGUGACGACAACUGGAACAUUCGAGCUGCCACCGUGGUGUGUCGAGAGCUGGGGUUCGGUAGCGCCAAAGAGGCCUUGACUGGCGCACGACUGGGACAAGGGAUCGGGCCGGUCCACAUGAACGAGGUAGAGUGUUCUGGCUUUGAAAAGUCACUGACUGAGUGCUUCUUCAAUCGCGACGCGUUGGGCUGCAGCCACGAGGAAGACGCAGCAGUCAAGUGUAAUGUUCCCGCCAUGGGCUUCCAAAAUAGACUGCGGUUAAAUGGCGGCCGUUAUCCCUACGAGGGCCGCGUGGAGGUUCUGGCAGAGAGGAACGGCUCUAUGGUGUGGGGCACAGUGUGCAGUGACAGCUGGGGGACCAUGGAGGCCAUGGUUGUGUGCAGACAGCUGGGCAUGGGCUUUGCUAGCCAUGCGUUCCAGGAAACAUGGUACUGGCAAGGAGAUGCCUCAGCUGAUGCAGUCUUGAUGAGUGGAGUGAGAUGUUCAGGAACUGAGCUAACUCUGGAGCAAUGUCUACAUCAUGGGAAACACAUUACCUGUCCCAAAGGAGGCGGACACUUCGCUGCCGGGGUCUCCUGUACUCAGAUGGCCCCAGACCUGGUCCUCAGUUCCCAGGUAGUGGAGCAGACCACCUACCUGGAGGACCGACCCAUGUACGUGCUACAGUGCGCCCACGAAGAGCACUGUCUGUCCAGUAGUGCUGACAAUGCCGAAGCCAGCUCCUACCGCCGCCUUCUCCGCUUCUCCUCCCAGAUCCAGAACAACGGCCAGUCAGACUUCAAACCUCGGGCAGCACACCACUCCUGGGUUUGGCACGAAUGUCACAGACAUUACCACAGCAUGGAGGUUUUCACCCACUAUGACUUGUUGACUCUAAACGGCACUAAAGUGGCAGAGGGACACAAAGCCAGCUUCUGUCUGGAGGACACUCACUGUGACGAGGGUAUCCAGAAGAAGUAUGAAUGUGCAAACUUCGGGGCACAAGGCAUCACAGUUGGCUGCUGGGAUACGUACAGGCACGACAUCGACUGUCAGUGGAUUGACAUCACAGACGUGAAGCCUGGCGACUACAUCUUCCAGGUCGUGAUAAACCCAAACUAUGAGGUUGCAGAAUCAGAUUACACCAACAACAUUAUGAGGUGCCGCUCUCGGUACGAUGGACAGCGGAUAUGGACAUACAACUGUCAUAUAGGUGGCUCACGGAGUUCAGAAACAGAGGAUAUAUUCCCCGGAUUGCUGAACAACGAGCUUUCACACAGGUAGGCCAAAGAUGGACGACACAGACGGACGGACGGACAGACGGACGGACAGACAUUAGGGAAGCAUAUAUUGAUAUUUGACAACCACUAGAGGGAGCUGUACUGUUGUGCUUCCUUGGAGCUGUGCUGGAUUGCUGCUGGGCUCAGGGCUCAACUGGUACAACGGACAACGACUCAAUGAGAAAAUGAACUGCUUGCUUACUAAAUCUAUUAUUCAGCUGUACAAAAGUGUCCUUAUCUCUUAGUGUCUUAGUUCCUUUAUUGCCAGUAAAAUGUACGUUUUGACCAGGUGCUUGCUGGGAGAGAUGUCAGGGAGGGGUGCUGCCAAAUAACUUAUUAAAUUAACUGUGCCAACAGUUGUCUUCUAAGCCAAAGUUUAAAGAGUUUGGGAAAAGCCUCAAACCAAAAUCCAUUAGAUGAGACCUUCACUCUUAUGAUAUGUUUGCUUGGGAUGAAUGAAAAUAGUCUACUGCUAAACCAGGUGCUACAACUGAAUCUUGCACUGUAUGUUUAAAAUCACAUUUGCUUCCACAGUAUUGGAUAGUUAAAGGCUUUAACUAGAAACUGAAAACAAAUACAGUACAUGAUUAUAAUUACUGUAGAACAACAUGGCAACAACGCAACUAAUGAGACAAAUAAUUGAUGUUUUUAUAAAGACCUGUAUUUAACUUUCUACAAAUUGUAACCAAAACUGUAAUUUAGGCUACCUAAAGUCCCUACAGUGCUGAACGCAAAGGUUGCUUGGAUUUGUUUCCUGCAGUAUUUCUGACAAUCUGUAAAGAUUUGCAGUCACAAAAUUAAGUGGGAAUGUUUUUCUUCCUGGAUUUUGUGUUCCACAUACUUGAGCUCGCUUUUGAAAAUGUUUUAUUUAUUGACACAUUUGCAUCUUCACGAUCUGUACAUCCUCUUCAGCUUCUGUCUCAAUGUCUGAGUUUUGUUACAUUAUUACCGUCAGGGACUAUGAUAACAUUGUGGAUGUACUGUAAAAGCCACAAAUGUGUGUGAAAAUGCCUCAUCAUUGUUUGUGAAUUAGUUUUUUUAAUGUAGCAAAUUCAAUAAUUCAUUUUAAGUGCUUGCUGUCUGACUGGAUAUAUUUUGUAUGCAUGGGUGAAUGUGGAAAAUCACUAAAUUUUUUGAAAUAAAUAUUGGUGAAAGCAGAUCCAAA